AUGCCAAGAGUGUUACUCUAUUUUUUAUCAAUAUUUGCCAUCAGUAUUAUCAUAAUACCUGUGACAAGUGUAUAUUUUGAGAAUAGUUUAAAUAGAAAUUACUUUCAAAGUACCCGCCGUAAGCUGUUCAACAUUAGCACUGAUAUGAUGGGAUUUAGAAACGACAAAAAAUGGUUUGUAUCUGUAAAAAAAAAAUUAGAGAACGCUACAAAAGAAGUUGUCGAGUUACCUGUACAUAUGUUCGUGAAGAAAAAAGUGUCAUCUCCGAACACAUUUUUCUAUAAAAAUCAGCUCGAUGAAACGCUUCAUUCAUUUUUUAUUUAUACGGACCGAAUAGGAGGAAUGUAUAAACAUUACAAAGAAUAUUCGGAAUCUGGAUUAGCCGACAAAACUUAUCAUGAAACUGUAAUGAAAGAAUUUGUAAAUGUAGUUGUUUCUCAUCGGGUAGGCAGUCUUACUGAUACCAUGGAACAGAUUUAUAGAUUAUUCGUACCAUCCCAGAUUAAUCCUCAUACAUAUAAGCCCAUUCGUCUUGGACUUUUUGACCUUUUAGUUCUGCGACAAAAGAGCAGUCAUCCUACGGAACUUUGUCACAUUAAAGAUUCAUUUUUCCAUCAAAUAAAUGAGAUUUACGCUAUUCUUUGCCACGUUGAAAUUCUAUCUUACAUAAUAAAUGAAAAAUAUUUAAACAUGACUCAACUAGUACUUUCCAACGCUUCUAGAGAAAUUGUACGCUGUGAUCCACCACAACACAUUCGAGAUAAAACAUAUAUUGAAUUAACGCAUCUUUUCCAAAAAUUUUUUAUCAAUGAAAUUCAAGCGUAUCCAACAGAAACAUGCUCUAGUAGUUGUGAGGAUAUUUCUUCCAAUGGUAUUUAUCGCUGCUACAGUUGGUCUCCAUUACGAACAAAGGCUAUGUAUUGUCACAACCGAGAUUGUCGUGGAAAAAUUAAUAAAUGCUCUUGGAUUGGAACUUCGACAUUAUGUGAACUCCCAGGGAAUAAUCCAAGGCGUGUUCAAUGGAUUAGAAGUCAAAACGGGUGGUAUGGGCCUAAAGAAUCGUGUCUAGGAACUCGUAAAAGAGUUGAAAACUCAAUAACUGGGUUAUAUAAUUGUGACAAUUGUAUUUGUCAUUGUACUGAAGAUGAUCCCGAUGCAACUUCUAUGCGUUUCUUGAGUUUGAUGCCUCAGAUGUCUAAUAUUUCUGACAAUAGGGUUGUCACAGGUAUUAAAUUUGUUCAAAAAAAUAAUAUGAUUCAUAUCCAAAUCGAACAUGGACAACUAAUGGCAGAAGGCGAAAUCAAUAAUAAAACUUUCAAAUGGGUUGACCUUGGAGAUUUUGUUUAUAAACCUAAUGUAUCGGAAGGAUUUUUUUAUAAAUUAGAAGAAAACAUCGAGAUUCCUUUAGUCAAAGGAAAAGACUAUACACUGAUUGGCUCAAAACAAAGAUCAUUAUUCCUUGAUGAUAUCACAGUACCCAAUGACAUGGUUGUCACUGGAGUUAGAUUGAUACAUGUUGAACAAUCAUCUGGAUUAAAUACUAGUCCAUUACAGUUAGAAAUCCUAGCAACUAGUUACGAUUAUGAGACGGGUGUUCUUAGCGGAGAUGAAGCCCGUUGGAUAACAUCAGAAACGAUGCCGUAUCCAUCUAUUUACUAUGAAAGAGACAGGCGUGAAUUGGUCUUGUCAAGACCAGAUAAUCCAACAAAGUAUUAUUCACACAUCCCACAAGAAGAAACCAAUCUGUUCGUUAAGUUUCGCGCUUCAGAUAUUUGGAAAGAUGCUGCACAAACAGUCGUUCCGUUAUUCGAUGCUCAAGCAGUUACUACGUUAAUUAGACCCUUAGGUGGGGUUGGGAUCACUCACAAAAGCGUUGAUGAUUCUGGCGGGUUUAUUGCUAUGAAGCUAUUCACA